AUGGAUUAUCUAACAAUCCUCGCCACCCGUUCACUCAUCCUGUUUCAAUCCCCACCGAUGGUUUAUACACCACCUAAAUCACCUCCUACUACCCCAACAGCAAACAUAAUGUUACUCCCUCCUGAAAGCAUAAACAUGCCAUUACAUUCUCUCUUAUAUGCCGAUACAGAUUGCGCAUAUUUCUUACUCCGACAUAUUCUAUUACAUUCUUUACCUCUUCCAAUCCAUGAUUCUCCUCUUGCACUUGGUAUCACUCUUCAUGAUCAACAUCAUAACACAUUCCAUGAUCAUCGCGAUAUAACACCUCACGAUCAACCACGUCCACCUUACGGACGAACGGAUUCCGUGGGACAAGCAAGUAGAGAAUUACUCGCUCAGGCGGAAUCUACAGCAUGGGGGGAGAUCGAUAAAGCUAAGAAAUUCGGAGUGGCUUUGGGUAGAUGGUUUGGGAAUCAGAGGGGUGGUAAAGGGAUAGGAGAAGAUCAGUUGAGAGGUUUGGCCGAGAAGUAUGGAUUGGGGUUGGCCAGUGUUUAG